AUGGUCAGGGGGCUGAAGCAACUGCAGACUGAGGACAAGGUGAAGGCCGAGUAUGGCUCAGCCUCACACAGAGAAAUCCCUAUUUCGGCCGCCAACAAACUUUUAUCCCUUUUUAUACCUGUCUCGCUUUUAUCCCGUUUAAUCCUCCCACCCCGCUGCUCCCGGGCCGUGCGCUGCCCCCGCCGCCGCUCCCCAUCGGCGCUAUCGGCGUUCGGCGCAUCGAGAGCUCUGGGAGCGGCUGUGCCGCCUGCGCUGCGCCCCGGCGGGGCGGGACGGGCAGGCCGCCAUCGGGACCGGAGUGCGCCCAGCAGAGGGGAGGCAGGUUCGCAGGUGCCGCCGAGGAUGGACAUCAGGCCGAACCACACCAUCUACAUCAACAACAUCAAUGACAAGAUCAAGAAGGAAGAGCUGAAGAGGUCCCUGUAUGCAUUAUUCUCACAGUUUGGUCAUGUGGUCGACAUUGUGGCCUUAAAGACCAUGAAGAUGAGAGGACAGGCAUUUGUUAUAUUUAAAGAACUUGGAUCAUCUACCAAUGCUUUGAGACAGCUACAAGGCUUUCCAUUUUAUGGGAAACCAAUGGUAAAUUAUUUUGUUACCUUUGUAAAGAAGAAAAAUACGGGCGCAACACAGAAUUCAGCCAAUGCCCCAGGGACUACACCACAGAAUCAGGUGCCUGAUAACCCACCAAACUUUAUCCUUUUCCUUAAUAAUUUGCCUGAGGAAACAAAUGAGAUGAUGCUGUCCAUGUUAUUUAAUCAGUUUCCUGGAUUCAAAGAAGUACGCUUAGUGCCAGGGCGCCAUGACAUCGCAUUCGUGGAGUUUGAAAAUGAGAAUCAGGCAGGGGCUGCUCGAGAUGCUCUCCAAGGAUUCAAGAUCACUCCAUCUCAUGCCAUGAAAAUCACUUAUGCGAAGAAAUAACUAUGUGCUCCUGCAAAGGAGUUCUGUGGAUAGGUGUUUUGUUUUUUAAACACUAAUACUCUGGUCAGCUAGCACGUUUGCUGUUCUCUGCAGAAAACAUAAGACUCGACUAGAAUUGCCACAGUGACCAGGCACAUGUAGGAUUUCCACAGAUCACAUGCAUAGUA